CCGAUGUGGCUGCAGAGUUAUUAAACUUUUACUGAGUUUAUAAACUUUAACUCACUUUAAACUUUAAACGUUUACAAUGAAACUCUUUUUACUGGCUUUGCUGAGUUUCUGCUGUUUGGUCGCAGCAGCAGAAGAAGAGAGACUGCCGAAUAAAUGCGAAGUGUGUAAGUUUUUGACAGUGGAGCUGCAGGAGGCUUUAGAGAAAACUGGUCGCUCCAAAGAAGUGCUGGAGGUGGGAGAGGUGCUGGAUUCAGGCAAACGCAGGAGAAAGAUCAAAUAUAACACAUCGGAAACUCGGCUGACGGAGGCGCUGGACGACAUCUGUGAACGCAUCCUGCAGUAUAACGUUCAUGCAGAGAGGCCCGGCAGCCUCCGAUACGCGAAG